AUGAGGAAAGAGAUUGCUACCAUGAGAUCCUGGUGCUCUGUCAUCUUGAUCUUUGGAUUUUUUUCAUGUGCGAAGGGGUAUUUCAAAGCCCCUGGCAUGGAAAGCCUGGGUGGUCCAUAUGAAGAUUUACUCCGUGGGGGUUCUCCACAUAUGCAAGAUGAUUGGGAUGAGAUGACGCCGGUUAUGAACAGCCCAGCAGCAUGGAAAAUACCUCAUGUUCAAUCCUUUUACCAUAAACCGGAGGGUAAUGAAUUGAAACUGUAUCCAGCGGGUAGGGUACCAAAUGAAGACGUUUUUUAUGGUGAACUUCCAAAGUUACCCAGAUUUCAUCAAGGAGUGUCUCCUGCCAUUGGAUUUCCAAAAAUUGUGCCAAAGAUGAGAAAUCUACCCCGGACAAUGACAACUGCUAUUGCAUUUGCUGGAGAAAUACCGGAUAUUACUAUUUUUUCUGGAAAAUCUCCUAAUGUCCGGCAGUCAGAACGUGUUGCAAGAGGAGAACAACGAGUUGUGGGUGGAAGAGAUGUUUCUGAGGGAGAAAUACCAUGGCAGAUAUCUCUCCAACGGAAAUCAAUGAAGAGUGGAAGAAUUUUCCAUAUAUGUGGUGGAUCGAUUAUUAAAAAGGAAUGGGUUGUCACUGCAGCUCAUUGCGUUGCUCUGGCUUUGCUUUCAAAUUACCGAGUCGUGGCGGCCACAACAAAUCUUAGAGAUGAAAACAGAAUAAAAGGGCUUCAUUCUAGUGACUAUGACAUACAUAAGGUUGUAGAUGUGCACAUUCACGAUGAAUAUGACAUGUUUCGAUUUAGAAAUGACAUAGCUCUUCUUAAGAUUGAACCACCUUUCGAAUGGAGCCAUAAAGUACAAAGCAUUGAUUUACCAUCAUCUGGAUAUACAGCUCAUGGGCAUGCUUAUGCGUCCGGAUGGGGUCUUCUUCAAGAAGGCGUGCGUGUAACACCGAGUAGACUUCAAGCAGUCUCGCUGCCUAUCAUACCAGACCAUGAAUGUCGAAGAGCUUAUGGUGACAAUCUUGCAGAAACUAUGAUUUGUGCUGGCUAUCCAGAGGGUGGCAAAAGUGUCUGCCAGGGUGAUUCUGGUGGGCCACUGUUUCAAAAGCAUGGUGAAGCAGUUCUUAUUGGUGUAGUUUCCUGGGGCGUGGGCUGCGCCAGACCCGGAAAACCCGGAGUUUACACCGAAGUUUCACAUUAUGUUCACUGGAUUAGAGAUAUUACAGAUGGUGGCUUUGGACGACAAAAUCUAGUGAAUUAA